GCUUGAUUAAAGCUCUGUGUGUGAACAGUUCGUAAAUAUAAAAACCUUUAGAGACUGAAUGAUGGUGCCUGGGGCUCCAACAACCAUGCUUCCCGCUUCCGAGGCUGCCAAAAUCUACCAGACCAACUACGUGAGGAACUCCCGCGCUAUCGGGGUUCUGUGGGCCAUCUUCACCAUCCUCUUCGCUAUAGUCAACGUGGUGUGCUUCAUCCAGCCCUACUGGAUCGGAGACGGGAUGGACACGCCGCAGGCCGGUUACUUCGGCCUCUUCCACUACUGCAUCGGAAACGGGCUGUCCCGGGACCUGACGUGCCAGGGCAGCUUCAUGGAGUUCAGCACCAUCCCUUCCGGCGCCUUCAAAGCCGCGUCCGUCUUCAUCGGGAUGUCCAUGGCGCUGGUCAUCGGAUGCAUCGGCUGCUUCACGCUCUUCUUCUUCUGCAGCACAGGCACGGUCUACAAGAUCUGCGGCUGGAUGCAGCUGGCUGCGGGUACGUGCCUGAUUCUGGGCUGUAUGAUCUACCCAGACGGCUGGGACAGUGAUGAGGUGAAGAGGAUGUGUGGGGAGCAGACAGACAAGUACACCCUGGGAGCGUGCUCCGUGCGCUGGGCCUACAUCCUGGCUAUCAUGGGCAUCAUGGACGCCCUGAUACUCUCCUUCCUGGCCUUCGUCCUGGGAAACCGUCAGGAUGGGCUGAUGGCUGAUGAGCUGCUGGAUAAGACUGGUAAUUCCAUAUAAACAGCCAAAUACUGUACAAAGGUGUCGGUGCCCAUCAGAGGUAGAGAUAAUGUAACACAACGUUCCAGCUUCAUACCUGUCACUCUGGAGGUGGAAAGGAGAGCUACUGCUGUUGGGAAGAACAGAACGAGAAAAAGACGAAUGAAUGAGAGGAGACACAUCCACUCCAAGAGAACCCACUUAGUAAAGACCAACCCCUACGGACCCUUUCUCAUCCAGGCAUGACCUUGAUAUUGGCAACAACAGAUGGAAGACUUCAUAUUGUUUUAUGAAAUGAAAUCCGUUACUGAGUGGACAUAGUAGGCCGAUGACUUAACGGGCGGCAGAUAGCGUAGCUGUUAGAGCAUUGGGUCAGUAACCGAAAGGUCGCUGGUUUGAAUACCUGAGCUGACAAGGUCGUUGUGCCCCCUGAGCAAGGCACUUCACCCUGAUUUGCUCCAGAGGCGCUGUACUACUAUGACUGACCCUGUAAAACAACACAUUUCACUGCACCUAUCUGGUGUAUGUGACAAUAAAACAUAUUAGGAAACGUACGAGAAAGGUUUUGUUUGUGAAAAAGAACAUGAGAUUCUGUCCCACCAUUCAAGGCCAUAGAAAAACACAAAUUAACCCAGCGUUUCCCAAACUCAGUCC